AUGCUUGGAGACGAACGUCCAGGAAUGGCCAGGUCAACGUCUUCCACCAGCGUUCGCGGCGUCCUUAAGGAGACGACAGAACCAGCAGUCUCUCCAGCAAAGGCAGAGGCAGCUCCCCAGACUGCACCAAAGCCUGCUCCUGAAGAGGGCUCAUCAAGCGAAGAUAAAGAUGCUGGCUUCCUCAUGCAUCCCAAGGGCGUGUACAUUGUCAUCUCAGAGAACAAACACUUCACUGAAAAGUUCCACUGGGGUAUCAUUGUUGCUCGCAGCCAGAAUGAAGGAAUCCUCUACCACCGUGUCUUUGAUGGCAGUGACUGGGUGCUUGAGAUUGAAGAACAUAAAGACAUCCCUGCAGACAAGAGUGUCAUGGUUAUCCUGAAGGUGGGAGAUGUGCCUGAGGUCACUCCCCAGUGGAUUGAGGCCAUCCAGGAGUGCAUUGUCACUGCCCAGGUGCCCAGGAUGACCAUGGGGCCCGUCACCUGUCGCACUUUUGCUCUGGCUGCUGCCUAUGAGAUGGGGAACGGCGGCUUCACCAACCUGUAUCCCAACUGGAGCAAGGUGAAGGGCAUUGAACGUGAGGGAAACCAGUUUGCCUGGCAUGCAUCCAACCUGGGACGUCGCCUGGUUGUGGCCAGCCAGUGGUGCGACCUCUAG